GAACCAUCCUUUCAUUUCAACGCUAUUUCUUCUUCAACGAACCACAACAACAAAUCUCAUCUGAUCUCUCACCAUGGCUUCCGCCGCCGCAGCCGCCGUUUCAACCUCUUUACUUCUAACCAAUUCCGUGUCCAUAAACAAGAUAGAUCACUCUAUUCUCAAGAUCAAACCAUCCACUUCCUCGCUUCGUCAACGCAGGUUGCACCUUUCUUCUACCAGAAAGCCUCUAAUUGUUCAAGCUGCAUAUAGUGAUGGUGGAAGGGGCAACAAUGCUAGCGUCUUUGUUGGCGGCUUUAUCUUGGGAGGAUUAAUCGUUGGAACUCUUGGAUGUGUAUAUGCACCUCAGAUCAGCAAUGCUAUAGCUGGAACUGACAGGAAAGAGUUAAUGAAAAAACUGCCGAAGUUUAUAUAUGAUGAAGAAAAGGCUUUAGAGAAAACAAGGAAAGUAUUGUCUAAUAAGAUUGAACAAUUGAACUCUGCUAUAGAUGAAAUUUCUUCCCAGCUUCGGUCAGGGGAUAACCUAAAUAGGGAAGCCGUGAACUCUGAUGAAGUUGAAGCUGUCUAAUGAGAGACUGUUGCUUUGCCAAGAAUAUC